GUGACUUGGCUAAACUGAGCACCGGAUAUAAGAAACAGCUCACAACAGAAGUAUAGAAAUAAGCAUGCAUUACCAGGAUUCCACAGUUCAGUGUCCCUGCCCCAAUAAGUAAAUGGAGCGCCCAGGCAACACUGCAACCCCCACACGUACAAUGAUCUAAGCACAGCGAUCUCUAAAACACUCGUUAGAAUAUUUCACAAUCAGCUAAAACACACUGCUAGAGUUCAUAUUGCAUUCCAAUAAGGAAACAUAUAUUAUCGGAAUAACGUACAUGAAAAGGAAAUAUGUGCUCUCUUAAAAAAAUUUCUGUGGUUUUUAACGGUAGUAACAAUCUGAUAAGGAAAUGUAUGGUAUCAGAUGAGCAUAUCUAUAGCAUGAAACAGAGCUAACUCCUCUCCAGCACUCAUUGUAGUUAUAACUAUACCUACACAUAACAGGAAAGCAUAAUCGGUUACUUUUCGUCGCAUAUUCUUCAAACGGUAUGCUAAAUGUAUGGGCUAGCUGAGAUCAUUAUGCAAUUCUGUUCUACACAUGCGCUGCAAAUGAGAGCAUGCUAUUCUGAUAGGUAUGUUAUAAUGUCAGAACACCGGCGCUAAGCGUAGAUCGGCCGCUUGAUCGGGCUUCAAAACGAUGUGAGAAGAAUCUCCAAAAGUUCACAUGUAUCACAUGAUCCAUGAUGCCAUUUUAAGCAUUCACACACUGGUCAUACUUUUAAAUCUCUCUAGUCCCCCCAUAGUCUCACAUGGUUUAAGUCUGAUGUAUAUUGUACAGUGCGGCAGAAAAAGGUAAAGGGGCAGUCACCACAUGUUGGGCGCAAAAAAGCAGGUGUCUUUAUUUCAGCGUGAUCGCCACACCCUGUGUGUAUGAGCUUAGGUAAGGGAGAAUGUGAAUUCUGCCUAAUUGGUAGGAGCCCCUACAACACGCUCACCCAGAAUUCACAGACGCAGACAAGUCCAACUUGCGGGGAGGCCAGGCCACUUGACCGGAAUGAGUCACAAUAGGCUGGGAGGCUGGGGAGGUUGGGGAGGUUGGGCACCCAGUUCCAUGCGCAGCAGCAGAAGGGGCUCCUGCCAGGGUGUCCACGUCCAAAUGGGCAGGCUUCAGACGGUCCACCGUAACCCGGACGGCUUGCCCCUAAUGUCCAGUGUGAAAAACUUGUUCCCAGAUUGUAGCACACGGAAUGGCCCAUCGUAAAGCGGCCGCAGCAGGCCCCAAUGAGCAUCAUGGCGGGCAAAGACAUAUGCGGCCUUGGCCAAACCCUCCGGAACAUGUGUCUGGGGCACCCCAUGCUGAGUCGUGGGCACUGGAACGAAGGCCCCAGUCAAGUCCUGCAGAGCAGAGCGCGCGCAUCCGGCGCACCAAGGAGCUGUGGUGGUGGGCAGGAAGUCCCAAGGCACCCACAGAGUCUGCCCGUAGACUAGCUUAGCCACUGAGGAUUGUAUGUCUGGCUUGAGAGUAGUCUGGAGGCCCAACAAACCCAGGGAAGCCUGUCCACCCAGCCGCCGUCCCUGAGGCUGUCCUGAAGAGCGGCUUUCAGGAAGUGGUGAAAACGCUCACACAACCCAUAGGCCUGCGGAUGGUAGGCCGUGGUACAAUGGAGGGAAAUCCCCAAAACCUGGGCCACUACAGCCCAGAGCUCAGACGUGAACUGAGCUCCACGGUCCAAAGACACAUCAGAUGGAACCCCGAUACGGGACCCCCAACCACCAACAAAAGCCCUGGCCACGUCUGCCAUGGUGGUCCAUGACAAAGAUAUGGCCUCGGGCCACCGAGUAGACCUGUCCACCACCAUUAGCAGGGUUCAUUUUGUUGGGGGAAAACACGGUUCCAUAUGUGUCCUUUUCCUCUUUCAUCUGCUGCUCCCAGAGCACAAGGAACCUUGGAACUGUGAGGAAUGUACACUGAGAACAGACGGAACAUGAGAAUUUUCAUGUUCAAGAUCCUCACGGGCUGUGCCAUUGCUGUACUUUUCGUUUUGAUUGCUAAAAUGUAUCUUUUUGAUCGUGCUGCAAUCCUUUGGGAAAAGCCCAGUGCGGACCUUCGUGACAUCAGCGUGACCACAGGAACGAUAUCACGUGUGAGAAAUUCCACGGCUCUCCUCGUGUCGGCCUACUUGGACAAGCGCUUCUCUUCCAGAACCGUACGCAUCAUUGCCAUCGUGAAGAGAUCCCAGGUGCCUCAAUUCUACUGCCAGUUCUACAAUAGUUCGUGGCUUGCCACCGUUAGGGCCAAGGUCUUGAUUCACCCUGACCACUUCUCCUUCCCUUAUGGUACUGCAUUCAUUAUGUGCCAGAUGCCAAACAUGGCUCAAGUCGCUCCUUACGUCUCUGUAACCACAACAAUGAGCCCAAAACCAGCCGGUCCACUCCUCCGUAUCCGCCCUGUCCAUCGAGACAGGUUACUGACCUACCCCCGCCAGUUCUCGGUCUGCAUUUCCACCUUAUAUGGGAACUACAGCAAUGUCCUACAGUUUGUGCAAUCAUUGGAGAUGUAUCGGAUCCUCGGCGCCCAAAAAGUGUUUGUCUACAAGAGUGACUGCAGCCCCAUACUCCAGAGGGUAUUGGACUACUAUGUUGCUGAGGGCUUUAUUGAAGUCAUUGCUUGGGAUAUUCAGCACUACCUCAGUGUAUCCAGGAGCUGGCUGCCUUCCCUGGAUCCUGGAGACUUGCAUUACUAUGGGCAGGUCACCACCCUGAACGAUUGUGUGUACCGCAAUAUGCCAGAGAGCCGCUAUGUGCUCCUGAAUGACAUCGACGAGGUCGUGGUGCCCAUCCUGCACCGUGAUUGGGCAGAGAUGAUGAACACACUAUCCUCAGCCCACCUCGGAGUGGAAAUCUUCUGGAUUGAGAACAGCGUGUUCCGUACCAGUGUGACUGGUGACACGGGGGAGUUUAACCUUUGGAGCCAGGUGCCCGGUGUCAACAUUCUGCAACACGUACACCGUGAGCCCUACCGGAGGUUCGCCUUCAAUGCAUGCAAAGUGAUUGUGAAUCCACGUGCUGUAGUGUGGACCUCCGUGCACAAAGUCCUCUGGCAUGUAGGAUCCUCCAUGUGGGUGCCUAGCUGCGUAGCACGGCUGCACCACUGCAGGAAAGAUGAUGACAUGAAGGUGAGGGAGAAAGACCUAAUCAGGGACACCACAAUCUGGAAGUACAGCUCCUCUCUCAUUAAGAACGUCAACCAUGUCCUGAAAGAGGCUCUCUGACAGGAACAGAUAGACAAGCAUAAAUCAGGAGCUGGAGAUUCCAACAUAGCCCAACAUAUUUGUUGAUUAUUUUUUUCCCCACAGUGUAGUUACAGUAAUUCAAAAAUCACAUGUUUACAGGUAUCAUUUAAAUACCGACGUCUUCUGUAAUUUUCUUUGCCUGGCUGACAGAAUGUUGCCUGAUUGUGGACUGGUGUUGUGCUACAGGACUGAUACUUGUUGUCUGAAAUUGUUUCCUAUGUGUUCCACUGUACAGCAGAUGUCGCUAUUUUUCAAAAAAAAAAAAAAAAAAUUAAGUAGCAUAUUGGAAUCUGAUACCUCAGAAGAAGGCUGAUUUUUUAAUUAAUUAAAAGUAUUAUUAUUAUUAUUAUUAUUAUUUAUUGUUAUUAUUAUUAUUAGAUAAUUAUUUUCUUUUGUUGGGUGGAGUGGUGGCUCUGAGGCUAGACAUUUGUGCUUGUAAUCAUAAGGUUCUGUGUUUGAAUCCCAUGAAUGUCAGCAGUGAUCCUACUCCAUUGCUUCUUCUUGGGUAUGAUGUUAAUCUACAUCCAGCCUUGCAAGCAGGUUCUCCAACUUAUAGUGAAAAUUUGGGAGUUGGAUUCAGGAUUGGCUCUCCAGUCACCGUAAAAAACUCACACUGUUCCAUUCCAUUCGGACUGGUGUGGUGCUGAGGUCUCACCCACUGUGUGACUGCACUCAGGAUCUCAUCCCUAAGGUGGUUUGUCUUGGUUACAGUGACAUGGUCUAUCAGCACAUACUUCUUACUCUUUUGUUUUUGUGGACUUUAAUAUUUAUGGGCACAGUACAGCAGUAUGACCAAUAUAAGAUUGUUGGCUCAGUUAUCCUCAAAAUUGACUGAGAUGGGAAAAUAUGCAAAUGCUUUCCGAUAACUGGAGGAGACUAAUGUACCAAACGACACAUUACACUGUAUGUAUUCAUGUCAUGCCUCAUCAAACUAUUUAUUUAAUUUUUAUUAAUUAGAGAAUGUUAUUUAAGCAAACUCAUUAAAAGAAACUAUUCUGAUAGGGAAACGUGCAAAUAUAUGUAAAUACGGCUAAUGGUGCACUAUUAGCCAGAGGGCGAUGAAAACAUACCACGUUUUUUGCAUUUAAAAUGCAGUUACAAACAACGGUCUGUUUCUUCAAAUUGAAUUAAUCAAAUUAGUUUCCACUAAUCAGCUGACUUGUAAGCUCAUUUUACUGGCAGUUACAUAGUCCUGUCUUUCUAGAAUACAAGUGCUUUGGACUUGCCGAGAAUGUGAAGUCUGUACUGGCAUUUGAGCAGAUUAAUAUGUUGCGUAAGAACAUUACUGAUUUUGAAAGAAUUAAGGAGUGACAUUUUAUUUUCUUAUUAUUCCUGUAUGAAAUGAUACUGGGUCAUAUUGAAUAAUAGCGGCCAAUGGCGUUUGGUGUGGAAGUGGGAAGAGGGAGGGAAUGUGUUCUCCGGGGGGAGCAUUUAGGCACAGGCGAGAUGGGCAGCUGUGGCAGCAUUUUGUUGGGGGUGGCACUGGGCACCCUGACCAAAAAAGAAAAAAAAAUCGAUUGUGACAUUUACACAAUCUAUUUUCUGUCACUCAUUUGCACGUCAGGCAAACAAGAAUUUCACAACUAGCUACUAGUCCUUUUUUUAUAAUACUAUUGUUUUUUUUUUUUGAAAGACAUAUUUCAAAUUCCUCUUGCAUGUGUUUCAGUGGCAUCAAGGUUAAAUAUAUUGAAAUUUCCAAAAAUGUUCUUUAAAUGCAGGAUCUUAAUUUAUCUCCUGGGCUAAAAUGAUUCUCACUAUAUUCGUCGAGAUUUUAACUAUGUUAGUUAGAACCCUUCUCACUUGAGGAGGAGGGGUCUGUAGGGCAGCGAUUUUCACCCUAUCAGUCGCGACCGAAAUUUGUGUCGCAGCAAGUUCUGAAGGGGUCGCAAGGCAAAGUUGGAAAUGCAAGGAUUUUAAAACCAGCAAGCUCCUAUGCCGAUCCACGAUCAGAUAAAUCAGCCCCAAUCCUUGAACUAACCUAUAAAAACUGGUCUUUGGUCUGCAAAUGCUUAGCGGAAAAUUAAGGAACACUCAACCAAUCCAAGAAGUUAAACCACAGAUACUUAAUUUAAAAUCCACUGGUAACAUCCAAUCGCAUUUGUGCAUUGACAUUGAUUGGCGUAAAAUGCGGAGUGCGCUGCGUGUUUGAUCAUAGAGUUAAUUUAAACCUAUACUUGAUAUAGGGACGCGACUGCGCUGGCAUGGUAAAACCGGGGGUAAAAUCGGGUGCAAAAAAGGCUGAGAACCACUUAGGGUUGUUUGUCCUGCUUUAUGCAUGUAUAUUCAACAUUCUGCUUAUAAAAAUAUUAAUGACUCGUUUGUUGGGUUUGGGUAAAUAAACAUCACUAUCUACAAAAGGGGGGUUUCUGGAGUAAAGAGCACCAGAUGGUUUUGAAUUAUGUCCUCUAUUUCUGAUUUGACUUCAGUUAUACUUUUAAGAUAAAUUGGCUGAAGAACUGUUAGAAUAUUCCUGCUUCGGUUUGGUAUUUUAUACCGCACAACAUUUUUUUUGUAGAUUUUACCAACAAGCUGUUUUGACAUGGAACUCCAAAAUGUUCAUGAUUGAUAUGUUUAUAAAUUUUCUCUACAUAUGUUUUUCGUAUCAAGUCUGUGAAUUAUAUUUUUUUAAUUAUAUUUACUGUUGAAAUUCUGGAAGGUUAUAAUGACUAGAUGUUGACAGAAAUUAUUUAUUUUGUGUUAAGGGUUGAAACACAAUGUAAAUAUUCAUCAAUUGACUUGCGUCCUAUAGAGUAACGUUUGAUUAUACUUAAAACCGAAGGUUCGUAGGAGACGUGGUGGACGUUAGCGGACAUGUUUUACCACGCAUGCGGUAUGCAAACCAAGACAAACCGAUUGCGCUAUAAUUGUAGAAGUUUAGAUAAAUGUGUGUGAUGUUGUAUCUUAAACGUAAAAUGUGAGACACACGGACGUAAGUCGAUAGACAUCUGUACUAUAAGGGAGAAUUUCAGUGAAUAAAUGUGAGAUUUGCAACCCUUUUGUUGUGUAUUUCAAAGAAUAAAGAAGAAGAUUAAAAACAAAAUAGUAAUAAAUAGGGAAUUUGUAGGGAAUAUAACAUGAGAAAGGAAAGCAAAAUAGAACAAAACAAAACAACAAUUUAAUAUAUUUUAUGUAUUUGAUACAAGUUCCAUGGGCACACUGACAUCGCGUAAUAUUUAUUACAAAAAACAAUAUCGCCACUAGGGGGCGACAAAGAAAACCUUUUAGACAAAUCCAUUUUCACCAUACAGUACGUUUUCCAUCAUGCAUGUCAAAGGAACAUCCUGGGUAAAGGAACACUCUCAGUGCCAAAGGUUAUGCUGGUCAUCAAAGACUGUAAACAAUGGUUCAAGUGGCUUAUAUGGUACAAUAGUUUAGAUGGUGCAAUAAUAAUGUAGAAAUUUAAAUUUGAGCACUAUUUACUCUGCACGAGAUUUACCUCUAGAUCUGUGCUGAAUAGUAGUUCUCUGUGUAGUUCUGUGUUGUAUUGUGUGUAGCCUGUAAUAUUUCUGUUUGUUUUGCACAUUGAGCCAGGAGAAACCCAAUUUCGUUCUACCAUGCACUCUCAAACUGUGUGGUACGAAUGACAAUAAAGUUUACUUUGACUUGACUAAAUAUUGUCCCUGGCAUCUUGAUUAAAAAUUGGUUC